AUGAGCUGCCAGGAAUGGCAGAUCAUAACAGAACAAUAUAUUCUUGAAUCGUUUACUACCGACGAAAAGACAUUGCCAGCAACAGCAUUAAAACAAAUUGCUGACAACAGAGAUUUAUUUGGUAGUGGAAUUAAACCAAAUGUCAAACGUUUUAUUAUUAUGAUAACCGAUGGUAUUUCAUCUCAAACCGAUACAGAAUUAUUUACAAGAGAAUUAGCAAAGGCAAAAGCUGAUCUUUACAUGAUUUGUAUCAUACCGGAAUUACCGAAAGCCGAUGAUACGAAAUACACUAAUGAAUAUAAACAAUUCGCUACAGAACAUGAGAAGAAAGUCAAAGAAUUCGUACAACGUGUAGCACCAGGUCGUAAUCAACUGAUCGAAAUUGGACAAUUGAAUAUAUUGACAAAAAUAGUUUUCGAUGAUCUUUUCAAUAUUAUUGAACAAUCGAUUCUCGUUUUUGCCAAUAGAACAACAACAACAUCGACUAACCCUGGAACAAUAUUUUCUUGCUUACACGCAUUCCCUUUGUCUAAUCCGAGAAAUGUGGAAUCAUGGACACAUGCUGAAAUAGCCUAUACCGGCCAAUUGUAUGUCAGUGAUUUUCGACGAAAACUCGAACAGCAAACACUUCAACAACAGAUGGAUAUUGAUUUUUCGAAUGAUUCAAAUGAAUUUAUCAAAAAUUUUGAUUCAACAAUGAAAUCACUAGAUGAAAGUUAUUCGAAGUUAGACACACAUGAUGUAAUACUUUCUCAUGCGGAUACAAUUCUUCAACAAAUUGAACAAAAACUCGAAACUGAUAUUAGUGAAUUAGUACGAACAAUGGAAGAUUAUAUUUUUCCAGCAUAUAAACCAACACAAUCAUUGCCGGAUACACGUGGAAAUCGUUUAUAUAUUCCUGGUAUCGUAAAAUUUAUUUGUACACAAGGACAAUAUAAUCGAAUCUGUUUAAAUCAAAUUGGUACACAAAAACCAGAAUAUCGUAUUGCUCUACGUCUAGAUCAAUCUGUGUCGAUGACUGGACCAACGUAUUUUUCAUCAGUUGAUAUUUUACUUUCAAUGUGUGCAGCAUUGAAUAAAAUCGGUAUUGAAGAUUUCAAUGUAUUAACAUUUGGAAAACAAAUUGACUUACCGUAA